GCGAGCUCCCCGGGCGCUCAAGGAAGAGCAGCGCGAGCCCCGCCUGCCAAACGGGCGGGCGCCCGCGAGAAGCCCGCCCCCGCCCCCGCCCCCGGACCGAGCACCCGCGGGGCACCUCACGCUUCGCCUAAUCGAUUUGGCCUACAACGGCUCCCGUGGGCCGUCUGAAGUGCGCGUGUGUGAGCCGCAAAGUAACAUGGCGGCCGCCAGCGGCUGCUUCUCCUCGUGCGUCCGCCCGAGGCUGGCCCGGCUUUGCGUGGGCCUGGCCGCUGGGCCCGGCUCGCUGCUCAGGGCAUCGGCUUAUUCCACCGCCCUGGUGGUGGGGAGCGGGGGGCCCAGCCAGAGAGAAGUUGCAGCAUCAAGAAGAAGCAGGACAUCACAAAUUGCAAGAAAUAGAAGAGUGCCUGGAGCUCCUAGAACUGAAAAGAUGGCUGUUGAUCAGGACUGGAGCAAUGUUUAUCCAACUGCAGCAGCAUUUAAUCCUUCUUCAGUGCCCCUUCCCAUCCGAAUGGGCUAUCCUGUGAAGAGAGGAGUACCUUCACCAAAAGAAGGCAAUUUGGAACUUAUAAAGAUCCCCAACUUUUUGCAUCUGACUCCCCCAGCAAUUAAGAAACACUGUACAGCUCUUAAAGAUUUCUGUACCGAGUGGCCAACUGUAUUGGACAGUGAUGAGAAAUGUGAGCAGCAUUUUCCUAUUGAAAUUGAGACAGUAGAUUAUGUUUCAGCAGGGCCAUCUGUUCGUAAUCCCAAAGCAAGAGUGGUGACUUUAAGGGUUAAGCUUUCCAAAUUGAACUUGGAUGACCAUGCAAAGAAGAAGCUCAUUAAACUUGUAGGAGAGCGGUACUGCAAGGACACAGAUCUGCUUACCAUUACAACAGACAGGUGUCCGUUAAGGAGACAGAACUAUGACUAUGGAAUAUACCUCCUCACAGUUUUAUACCAUGAAUCGUGGAAAACUGAAAUGUGGGAAAACGAGAAGACUGAAGCAGACAUGGAGGAGUAUAUCUGGGAAAAUAGCCCCUCUCAGAAGAAUGCUUUGGACACACUUCUUCGAAUAAGAGCUGCAGAGAAAAUCACUGAAGUAACUAGGGAAGAGCUGCUUGAUUCUGAGAUAGCUGAGAAUUACAAAACCUCUGUAGUUGCACUUAAAAAUGGAGAAACAGAAAACAACAUUUUGCAAUACAAGGAAUCCGUGAUGAAACUACUGAAUUUACAAGCAUUACAGUGAAAAUUGACAUUCUAUGCACAUCUCUGAUCUUGUGUCAAUAUACAAAGAUAAUGUAUGCUAAUAGUACUUUGUAGGAAAUUGUGAAUGCAAUUAUCCAUGACUUUCUGGACCUUCAACAAAACAAGUCUUAGAAUAUUAAUAAAAUUUUAAAAUUUCAAAAACAUUGAAUGGAAUUUAGAGUGAAUAGAGAUUCAAAAAGGGUCAGCAACAAACUUCAUACGUUUCCAUAGAAUUGAAUUUUCUUGUCAAUGACAAAAUCACUGUCUGCCAGUGUCAUUCCUUACCUCUAUAAAUAAAAUUUCUAUCAAGUCUUU